CGAGGAUCAGACAUCAUUCGAGCUCAACGCUUCGUACAGUAAACAACUCAACUCAACUAAAACACAAGCAAAUAUGUGCCAGAACACAAUCAACAACAACACCAACACCAUGACUGCCAUCAAAUCGAACAAGAAGCUGUCUUACAGCGUCAAGAAACUCCUGCAAAAGAUCUUCAAGCAGCAAGCCGAGAAGGAGGAGCAACAGAACUACAUCAACUCCAAGAAGGCCAGCUCAUUGGAAUCUCUGGAAUCCAUUGAAAAUAGCCGCAAUGCUGAUCUGGAAAACGCAUCCAUUGAAUCCUUCGAGAACGAAGCCAAUGAACGUCUCUCCGCCUCUUGCGACAUGGAGGACUACGAAAUGGAGCAAAUGCCCACAGUUCCAGUUCACUUUGUGCGCACUGCCCAUGGUACCUUCUUCUGGACAGCCGCCUCCGAUCUGCCAGCCGACAAUGAUCUCAUCGAGCCACUCUACUGCAGCACCUCAAACGAAAUUGCAGUGCCACAGGAUCGUUGGGUUCAGGCCUAAGUGACCUCCACAUCCACAUCGGUCGUCCAAACAAACGUCUUCCAAACCAGCUUUAAUUCGUCUUCCGUUAAUUGAUAAACAAUUAACAUGCAAGCCGCAAACAAAAAAUACUAUUUACUCAA